UUGACGCGAGACACGCGAUACACCGUGGAGCAGGUGCUGGACGGCAGAACUGUGCGGCACAUCCAGUUUGUUGCGAGGGCUGCUAAUCUCAAGAGGGUGUUUGGAGCAAUUAGCUGCGGGAAGGAAGCAAAUGUAUAUUUUGCUCUUGGAGAGAAACAGCCAGGUGAAGAUGACCACCAGCACGAUGGCCACCAGCAAUCGCCGGAAACAUCCCUAACGUUCUUUGCACUCAAGGUGUACAGAACCUCAAUUCUUUCCUUCAAAGACAGAAGCAGAUACGUCCAGGGAGACUUCAGAUUCAACAAUGCUUACUCACGAAACCGAAACCCCCGAAAGAUGGUGGCUGUUUGGACGAUGAAGGAGCACAGGAAUCUGCUGCGCUUUCGAGCCGCAGACUUGCCAUGCCCCCGUCCAGUGGCUCUGAAAGGAAACGUUCUUCUCAUGGAAUUCGUGGGAAAUGCUUCUUACGCUGGGCGAGCCGCCAGCAUGGACGGUGGAAUUACGUGUAGAGGAAAAGAGGAAAGGGAGCUGGAGGCUGUCGUCAAGCAGGGAGGGGCCUUGAAAGAGAUAUCCGAGGCUUUUUCAGCGUCAGCAUCGGUGACAGCAGCGUCGGAUGCAUCCCCUACGGAGCUGUCUGAGGCUCCAUCAGCAACAGCAGUGGAGGCAGCCGCAGUGGCGCGUAAUGGAGGGAGUGAGAAAAGCACCAGCGAGCAGCAUCAUGAGCUGUGUGGCUGUGGAGAUUUCUCCUUUUCUUUUAGCGCCGAGCUUCUUUCGUAUGAGGCAGCUCCUCGGGUGAAGGAUCUGUGCGGAAUUUCUUGGGAUUUUGCUGCUGCGGCGAGGCAGCGCCGCUGUUGCUCCUGCAGCAGCUCCGGAAGGGGCUGCUUCGCAUGCGGCUGGGGAGAAGUGGAGGCACAGCUAGCCGCAGGUUGGCGUGCCCUGUACAUACAGUGUGUGCUGCUGUUGCGUCGACUGUUUCAGCAGUGCCGUGCGGUCCACGGUGACUUUAGUGAAUACAACUUGCUCUUUCACAACGGCCGCGUAGUGCUCAUUGAUGUGAGCCAGGCUGUCGAAAGAGACCAUCCACAGGCGCUCGAGUUUUUGAAGCGAGACUGCAAGAACGUGACGGGCUUUUUCAGCAAGCGCCUUGCCGCUUACAAAAGCAGUGCCCCUAACGGCGGCAGCUGCUGCAGCAGCAGCUGUCUCGGUACGGCGUCUUGCUGUACUGCAGAGUGCAAGGAGACGCGAGAAAGGUGGCCUUCAUUCCCCCCCAGGCUGGACCGUAGCUCGCCUUUCUGUAUGCCCUUUCGCCCCCUGUCCGUCCGCGAGCUUUUCGAGUUCGUGGUGCGUGCAGACAUCCCCGAAGCACUUGCGCAGCGACGAGAGCAUCAGCAGCAGCAGGAGGAGAAAGGCGCAGGGGACGGAGGCAGCAGCAGCAGUGGUGCGGAGACGCGAGCUACUGAAGAGGCGUUAGAGGAAGAGGAGGAGGAAGAGGAGGAGGAAGAGGAGGAGGAGGAGGAGGAGGAGGAGGAGGAGGAAGAUGAGCAGGAAGAUGAUGACUCCAGCUGCAGCGGCAGCAGUAACGACGUGUUCUCGGCGGAGCAGGAAGUGGAGGACGCCGUCUUCUUGGAGAGCUGGGUGCCUUCUUCCUUGCACGAUGUGUCCGAUAUUGCGGCUCUAGACAGAUGGGCAGAGGGUGCGGCAAAGCCUGUCGAUAAGGCCUUCCUCAGUCUUCACCAACUCGUCAACGAUCCCGCUGCCCGGCGUUGUCGCAGUACCAACAGGAGCAGCAGCAGCGACAGGAGCAGCAGCAGCGAAAGUUCGGGAGAGUGCAGUAGGGCUGGAGGGGAACGCGGCGAUGAGGCAUUCGGGAGGGGGACUGUACAGAGGCGGAGAGGUCGAGGAAAGAGGGCAGGAGGCGAGGAAGAGGACUUCCCCCCUGAGGAACGUUUCACAGGUGUCAUUCCUGAGGGAGUCUCCCGGAAGGAUUGGAAGAAACAGGUUAAGGAAAUGAAUCGAGAGCGGCGGCUGCACAAGGUACCCAAGAGCCUAAAGAAAAAGUUUAGGAAAAAAGCAGCAAACAGAUAG